UUUUGUAAGGUUUUUUUCCUACAAGCUCUAAUAAAUUUUGUACGGUAUUUAGACCAUAGCUAAACUAUGCGGAGACAAUCUAAAAUUCCGUAGUUUAGAUUUACCCAAACAAAAAUGGCAGAUGUUAUAGAUCUAGACGUGGAAGAUGAAAAUAUUUUAACUAGUAUCUUUAAAGAUUCCUUUCCAGUUCAUUUAUAAGAAGCAGCAUGGGAGAGGCAACUGCUGAUUUAGAUUUACAGUCUGAUGAGUUUAAAGAAUUUUCAAAUUCUGAAGACGUGAAGCCACUUCUAUCUACAGUAUUUUCAACUUCUUCUGACAUAAAAACAGAAUUAUCAUUUUUAACUUUCCGUGAUAUCAAACCAAACAUGACAUUUAUAAAUUCACAGAAUGAUAAAACCGUUGUUACGCCAGAUUUUUCAUCUUCUACAGACACAAAGUCAGAAUGUACAACAUUUUCCUCUUUUGAUGAUGUAAAACACCAUAUGACAUUUCUAACUUCUCAAGAUAAAACAACAGGAUUUUUAAUUUUUAAAGAUAUGGAACCUGCUGUAUCAGCAGUAUGUACAAGAUCUGAAAUUAUAAAACCAGAAUUAGAAACUUUAUCAACUAGUGAAGAUAUAAAACCAGAAUUAGAAACUUUAUCAACUACUGAAGAUACAAUUCCAGAAUUAGAAAAUAUAUCAACUAGUGAAGAUCUAAAACGAGAAUUAGAAACUUUAUCAACUAGCGAAGAUAUAAUAACAGAAUUAGAAACUUUAUCAACCAACAUAGAUAUAAAACUAGAUUUAUGGACAAAAUUUUUAGAUUCUGAGGACAAACAACAAAAUGGACUUGAAGAAAAGCUAAAACUCUCUGAAGACAAAACAUAUCUGUCUGUUGAUCAUCAUGAACAGUUUUUUCAAAGAUCUAACUUGAAUAAACAAGCUCAAGUAGGGGAGAGGCCACUUGAAUGUGAUGCUUGUAAUAAUAGGUUUUCAGAUAGUUCUAGGUUAAGUAAACAUAAAAAAAUUCAUUCAGGAGAUAAGCCUCAUGAAUGUGCUGUUUGUCAUAAAAAGUUUUCAUAUAGUUCUAAUUUAUAUACACACAAAAGAGUUCAUUCAGGAGAUAAACAAUUUGAAUGUGAUGUUUGUCAUAAAAAGUUUUCUCAGAGUUCUAGUUUAUAUAGACACAAAAGAGUUCAUUCAGAAAAUAAACCAUUUGAAUGUGAUGUUUGUCAUAAAAAGUUUUCACAUAGUGCUAAUUUAUAUGCACACAAACAAGUUCAUUCAGAAGAUAAACAAUUUGAAUGUGAUGUUUGUCAUAAAAAGUUUUCUCAGAGUUGUAGUUUAUAUAGACACAAAAGAGUUCAUUCAGGAGAUAAACCAUUUGAAUGUGAUGUUUGUCAUAAAAAGUUUUCAUAUAGUUAUAGUUUAUAUACACACAAACAAGUUCAUUCAGAAGAUAAACCAUUUGAAUGUGAUUAUUGCCAUAAAUAUUUUUCUAGAAAAAAUAAAACAGUCCAUACUGGAGAUAAGCCAGAUGAAUGUGAUGAUUGCCAUAAAUAUGUUUCUAAAAUAAAGCGUCUCCCGACAUAUUGGCUCCCGAUAUAAGUGCUCAAGACAAAUCGGCUCACGUUAUAUUGGCUUUUGACAAAAUGACUCCCGACAUAUUGGCUCCAGACCAAUGAAUGGCAUGACCACUAUUGGCAUAAAAGUAACGAUUUUGUCCUACCUCCAAUACCACUAUAUACUCUUUUAAAUGCCCGAAUGAAAUUGUUUUUCAUGAACCAACAUUAAUUCACAAACACAGCGAGCCCUUAACAGCUAAAUUUCACCAAUUCUAAAGUUUUGAUAAUGUUUAAUUUACAACAGAAAAGAUCUGUUGCUUAAAAGCGAGCACAUAAGUGUAAAUGUACGAUAUAUGUAUAUUUAUGUAUAUUUAUGUGUAUAUAUAUGUGUGUAUAUGUAUAUAUAUUUAUGUGUAUAUUUAUGUGUAUAUAUAAGUGUAUAUAUGUUGGCUGGUAUCCUAAUGUUGGCUGGUUAUUGAAUAGUUGUCAAAGGUUGCUUGUUUUUUGUGUGUAGUUAUAUUCGUGGUUGGUCGUAGCUGGAUCGGGGUAAUGGUCCCCCCUCCCCUUCUCUCAAGACGCCGCCCGGUUCUCACGGCACUGGGUUCUGGCAGGGUGUGACGGUGUCACGGAUAAUUUACGAGGUUCACAGUCGUGGAUUGUGACCGGACCCUAGGUGUGUGCAUGCUUUGUGUUCAAUUUUAUGUCCUGUCUCCCCAAUGGUCGUCUGCUUAAAUUUACGACCGUAAGGUCGCGACGGUCAGUUCUUGUCAAACAGGUGGUCGGAAAGUAUGGGAAAAAGUUUGUUUGGAUUCAGCCUAUUUAAGAGGACUGUGUUCAGACCUCUGUCUCUUACACACCAAGCUAGGGCUAUAGACCAGUCUAGGCCUUAUUAUGGCCGCAGAGGCUGGUUUAGUGGCCCAGCUGAGGUAUUGUUGAUAUGGCCUGGUGUUUACACCAGCGGCCCAACACCUUGUUCCAGUGGCCCGAUAUUAUGCUCCUGGCCUGAUGUCUCCUUCUUGUGGCCCGAUAUUAUGCUCAUGGCCUGAUGUCUCGUUCUUGUGGCCCGAUAUUAUGCUCGUUGCCUGAUGUCUCGUUCUUGUGGCCUGAUAUUAUGCUCGUUGCCUGAUGUCUCGAUCCAGUGGCCAGAUGUUUGUUUUGGAGGACGGAUAUGUUGUCCUUGUGGCUGGGGAAUCACCCUGCCUUUUGUGUGUGACGAACCGGGUCAUUUAAGGAACUCGUAUAAAUUCUUGAAAGGAUAAAAUUGUGGUUGUAUAUAAAAAUGUGAUUUAUUUUUUUUUACAUGUAUUAAGAAUUCGAGGGAUGUUUCCUUGAUUAUGAAAACUGGCCAGGUCUUAUUUGUAUCCUUUUGUUUUUUGCUGGUAAAAUACAUUUUUGCGAAGUAGGAUGAAGUUAAAUAACUGCAUUAACUGGGUGUUUAUCAAGUUUUAUUUUUAGUGUAAAAUUAAUGUUGUAUUUGUUUAGAUGUUAAUAGUUUUGCUCAGGUCUAUUAGACUCCUUUGUCACCACGCAAAGGUGCACGGAUUUGAGAGAAUAAUGGUCAAUACCAUCUUACCAUGUAUUAAGAAUACGAGGGAUGUUUCCUUGAUUAUGAAAACUGGCCAGGCCUUAUUUGUAUCCUUUUGUUUUUUGCUCGUAAAAUACAUUUUUUGUGAAGUAGGAUGAAGUUAAAUAAAUGCAUUAACUGGUUGUUUACCAAGUUUUUUUUUUAGUGUAAAAUUAAUGUUGUAUUUGUUUAGAUGUUAAUUAGUUUUGCUCAGGUCUAUUAGACUCCUUUGUCACCACGCAAAGGUGCGCGGAUUUGAGAGAAUAAUGGUCAAUACCACCUUACCAUGUAUUAAGAAUUCGAGGGAUGUUUCCUUGAUUAUGAAAACUGGCCAGGCCUUAUUUGUAUCCUUUCGUUUUUUGCUUGUAAAAUACCUUUUUUGUGAAGUAGGAUGAAGUUAAAUAAAUGCAUUAACUGGUUGUUUA